AUGACUCCCGAAGAGGUCGGAAGGCAGCGAAGAGCGCCCUCAGCCACUUCCCCCUACCAGCGAGUCAUUCCAACAGUAUUCUUAGCUAUCAAAGCUCUUAUCGACAACAACAUCUCGGUUGUAGAGUAUGGAGCCCAAAUUCAAUACAGAUAUGGCGACAAAAGAUAUCUAAUGGUAUGUGAGACGAAACCCUCUGAUACAGUGUCGUGGUUAACAAAGGUGAAUAAGAAUCCCGAAUGGGUAAUCCCCGAUGACCAGCUCCUCUUUGCCUCGCAAAUCCUCCUCGAGACCGACUUCCCCCGCAUCUACCCCCAACCACGACCCUGGGUAGGAUACCGGGACCAUCAAAGCUGGGCUCACUACAUUGGUAAGCCAGAAGCCAAUCUCAACUACGGUAUCAUCUACCUUGUGCCAAUGUCACUUGUUGGCUUCACCCUCCAGGACACCAUCAGAGUCAAGCCGACAUUCGAUGACAAGUUUCACAUACUCACUCCCAAGCCUGCUCCUUACAUGCGCUCCUUGAUUCAAAUGCUUCGAGCAUUCCAACUUAAUGACGUUCGCCGUUACCGUGUGCAGAUGGAUCUUGUGAGUUUUGUGUGCGUUGGCCUCUUGCACACAUCCAUGGAGGGUCUGCCUUAUUACAAGCCUCGGGACGAAGCGUUUAAGAAGAAGACUCUGGAUGCGGUAAAGGUGGUGAGGGCUUGGGACUGGGGCCCUGUGGAUCCAAUCCUUUCACAAAUUGUACACCGUAUUGUUUGUGAGCCUCAAUUCAUCUGGGAUCUUACAGUCGAUUCGGCGAUGCCGCCAGUUCCGGACAUUGCGACUGUGUGA